CUCCAGAGCACGCGCGCGCCGACUCACUGGUUAACCUUCUCCGCGGGGCGAGGGGGAGGAGUGAGCGGAGGGAAAGCCCACCUAUAUAUACCGCGCCGUCCCCUGCCCCAUCACACUCCCUCGCCGACUCUCGACGAAGAAACAUCCGCUAAGAUGUGGUACAGCAUGCGUGUCGCGACCCUGGUGGUGGUUCUGCUGGCGGCGGCGUCGGCGAGCCCCUCCUACCCUCCCCCGGCUCCCAGCUAUGGCGCGCCACCCCCCGUCUAUGGCCCACCACCACCUGCCCCAUGCUACCCUGAGACCAAAUACGUCACCCAGUAUCAGACGAAGGUUCAGCAGGUGCCCGUGUACAAGACCGUUUACAAGACCAACAUCAUCCCCACCACGUUCUACGAGACCCAGUACCAGACCCAGUACCAGACCGUCUACAAGACCCAGUACGUGCCCGAGUACAUCACCACAACCUACUACCAGACCCAAGUGGAUUACCAGACCCAGUACGAGACCGUGUACAAGACCCAGUACGAGCCUCAGUACAUCACCAAGACCGAGUACCAGACGGUGUACAAGACCAACGUCGAGUACAAGCCUGUGUACCAGACCCAGACCGAUUACCAGACGGUGUACAAGACCCAAUAUCAGCCCCAGUACCACACCACCACCGAGGUGCAAUACCAGACCAAGUACGAGACCAAGUACGUGCCCCAGUACCACACAGUCACCAAGUACCAGGAGACCUACAAGACCGUCUGCCCUAAGCCUACCUACGGCGGUUAUGGGUCCAGCGGCGGCGGUUUUGGAUCCGGCGGCGGCGGUUUUGGAUCCGGCGGUGGCGGUUACGGCGGUUACGGAUACUAAGCCCCUGACCAGACGCUUCCCACUUCCCCUUCCCCUGUAUAGAAUCCCCUCGUUGGUGUACUCAAAGGCUCAGAGUCUAUUUUUAUACACAUCAACGCUUUCCAUUACCCUCUCCACCACUUGGUUCCGCAUCAUGUCUCUGUAUCACGGAAGGGCAUCACAAGGUCCCUUCCCUUCACCUCCUCCUCCUCUGCUCCUGGGCUUCUUUUUCCAGACCCUGGCAGGUGGCGGUUAAGCUUUAGUCAUCAAGCACAUAAAUUAUAUCACUGUAUAUCGUCCAUGUUGGUGGCACGCGCCUACGCACGCACACGUCCACCCCCUUUGUUUGUGGUGCUCAUCCUUGACUGUCCGAACUGAGUGUUUCGAUAAAAUAAAUGUAUACAAAUAUAA